AUGCCUAGUUCUCGAUUGAUUUCAGGAGGGCGUCUCCCGUCUCAACUCACAGCGGCUGUACUGCACCCGCAACGUCCUGGUCAUGUUCUUAUAGCUGUACCCGCUUCUCGUCAAGUGACAAAAGGUGGUCAUCCUUUGGCCAAUUCGUCGGUCCUUCAAACGUACGAUAUCCACACGGAUAAUCAUAUCUCCCGACAAGCCCUUGCACGCACCAAUGCAACGACUCUAAGGGUGAGUCCUGAAGGUUCGCAAAUUACUGCUCCGGAUGUCACGCAUUUAAGUGUAUCUCAAGACGGAAAGUGGAUGGCCACUAUCGAUGACUGGUAUCCUUACCCGCAGGAUGUCCAAGCUCUUGAGCUUAACGGAGAAAAAUCUAGCAACGCCGUACGGGAGACAUUUCUCAAGCUUUGGAGGUGGGACAAUUCUUCUGGCCUUUGGGAACUCGCAGCACGUAUCGAUGCCCCUCACUUUUCAGAAUAUAACCCUGUUCCGGUGUUGGAUCUCGCUUCACGGCCUCGCAGCCAUGACUUUGCAACUAUUGGGUGCGAUAUGGUGCUACGUGUUUGGUGUCCAAGCACAAGACAUCAUAAUGGCUUGGGCACGGGAAGCGAAGCGCCGCUGCGGGAGACGUGGAAAUGCCGAAAUACCAUUGAUAUGAACGGAUACGUCAUAGGUCAUAAUCCAGGUGAAUGUAGCGCUGCUUCUAUAAACUUCUCAGAGGAUGGCUCAGUGCUUGCUGUUUGUCCGCAGUCAGCUUCAUCAAAUACUGGCCUUGCUGUACUCAUCGAUACGCAAAGCUAUGAGGUCCGGCACAGCAGGACUGGGCUAUAUUCUGGCGAACUCUAUGGAGCUAAGUUUUUAGGGUGCCAUCUUAUCAUCGCUUCGAAAGAGUCGGUGUCGAUCUGGAAUACCGUUGAUGAUAUAGUGAGAACAGUGAACUUGGCGGAGGCCAAUAGCUCUUUCGCUACUGGGUCGCAGUUGUUGGCCGUGAACCCUAAGUCUCAGACUUUUGCACUUGCCACACAGCAUUUGGAAAAUGAAGCCGCUAAAAAGAAAUCGCGCAAAUCUGCAUUUUAUGUGCGAGUCUAUGAUAUACACUCCUUGGCCCUGGCGUACCAAUCCACACUAAACCAUUGCCCUCUUGCCUUACUUUCAAACCAGCACUCGGUGGAUUAUAUAGUUGUGGAUUCUGCGGCUAAUAUACGACUACUUGGUCGCUUAGGCAAUGUUUCUAACACUGGUCAAUCCCAUACGAUGGCCAUACAACUUCAGUCUGGUCUAGCAAGUUUGUUUGGAAACCAGCCUCAUGGAAUUGCGAGGUUGCCUUCGACCCAAGGCCCUACAUCUUUGCCAGGCACAGCUAUGCUUUCCUCCCAUGGCAAAGCACUGACUGGUGUUUUCGGCAACGCUCCUCCUUUCGUUUUGCCGACUGCUAAGAUUCUUUUGCAGGAUGUCGUACGAGCUCUAUUAGGUUAG